CCCAAAUCGUGCUCAGCCACUGCGCGCGAAAACUUCAAUCGUCCCGCCAUUUUCUUUCGUUUAUCUUCAAUCUUCCUCCCUUCUUUCCAUUCCAAUUCCACUUCACCCUCAACCAAUCCCUCCUCUAAUUUUCUCCCUAAUGGAUUUCCGCAACCUUGCCAGGAAGCUCGAUCUUGCCGAUUCCGAAUCCCUCAUCCGAAAAGCUGGGGAGUUUCGUCGUCUCUCCGAUCUCCAUUUCAAUUCUUCUCUCAUUGGCGUUGGUGAGGUUUGCAAGGCCAUCAUCUGUUUGGAAAUUGCCGCUACCAGAUUAGGGUUUUUGUUUGAUAGAUCCAGUGCAAUCAAGUUAACUGGGAUGUCGGAAAAAGCGUACACCAGAGCUUUCAAUUUGUUGCAGAAUGGUCUUGGUUUCAAAAGUAGGCUCGAUAUCAGAGAAUUGGCAGUGCAGUUUGGGUGUGUUAGGCUUGUUGCUUCAGUCCACAAGGGCUUAUCUCUAUACAAGGAUCGCUUUGUCGCAUCACUUCCAGCUUCUCGACGUGCUAAUGCUGACUUCUCUCGACCAGUAUUUACAGCUGUAGCUUUUUACUUGUGUGCAAAAAAGAACAAGCUAAAGGUUGACAAAGUUAAGCUCAUUGAACUCAGUGGAACAUCUGAAUCUGAAUUUUCAUGUGUUGCUACUUCUAUGAAGGACUUGUGCUAUGAUGUGUUUGGGAUUUGUAGUGAAAAGAAAGAUCCCAGGGAUGCCAAAGGGAACAGAGACCUGCUAGAUGCAUUGCCAGAGAAAAGGAAAUGUGAGGAUGGCGGCUAUUUAUCCGAUGAUUGCGAAGAGCGUUCAAUUUCUAGUUUCCAAGAUCAAAACGAUGCAAGCCAACGGCUGAACAGACCUAUAAUCAGUGGAAAUCCUCUGUCAUUGCUUCCAAUAACUUGACCAAGACAAAAGUUCUUGGCAAGCGAACAAGGCAAACUUCCAUCCACUUUUUUAAGGAAAUUAAAGAAACAGAUGAUAAAUAGGGAGAUGAUCAAAUAUUUGUGUGCCACAGUACUGAGGAUUUUCUCUAAGAGAGAAAUGGAUGGUUGAACUUCUUUUUCUUUCGAUCAGAUUGAUUGAUUUGCUUACCCAGGGUUGAGCAUUGAGCUUCUGCAUCAGGAGGAUAACGUUCACAAUGUUUAUUUUAUACAAAUAAAUAAAUUGUUUAUACUUCCCAACCAGGUUAUAGCAACUGUAAUUAGUAAUUCUAUUCAUUUUUGAAACAGUUACUAAAGACGUUGAUUCAUUUUCUAAUAUUGAUGUCCAAGCCUCUGUCGUAUAGUAUAUUAAUAUGUAGACGGUUAUUUUAAUUUUGGAUGAAAAUGAGGGAAUUAUUGAAAUGCUUAACAGAGAAAUGAAAAAGGAAUAAUUCCUACAGCCUAA